AUGACUGAAAUUGUGUUUGGUCAACCUCUUCCUAGCAAUCUAGACUAUGCUGUCUCAUUCGGGAUUCCCACAUGGGAGUCUGCUGUAGGAUACGUGGAGAAAGAUCCUUAUUUUGUUAAAAAAAUGGUGACUGGGUAUCCUAGGUAUUUCCCUCAACCUGCCGUACAAAAGCUGUGCGAUCAUUUUCUGGAGAAAUAUGGUCACGGUGUUGAGACCUGUCGACCUUUUCCCUCCUUGUCGAGCGCUUCAAAAUGCUUAGAAUUUGUGAAGUCUGCACAUGGCUCCAAGAGUAAAGCUUACCUGAAGGCUGAAACUUACGAUUUGAAAGAUGUGUCAAACGAUGAUAGCUCGUUUUUAACCAUCACGAUAGCGGCUGUUUUUGCUUCUGAGGAUGAAAUUGAAACUGUUAAGGAAUAUUGGAAAUUGACAGGUGAAUGCGUUUCGAGUCGACUGGCAGCUUUUGUCAACCAAUGCAUAGAAGACGCGGAUUGCGAAUCCACCCAACUCUCUAUAAAGAAAGCAGGCAUUGCUCGCUUGAAAGAAGACGGGGAAUGGGCGAAAGCUGAGGUGAAGAAGAGAGUUGCGGAAAAUCACACUUCACCUUUGGGUGCAAAGAGUUCUGAAGAAAAGAUGCCCAUCAACCCCUCUACAUAUGUCUUCUUGGUGUCAAGCGGUAUGUCUUCAAUUUUCAAUGCUCGCAGAAUGCUCACAUUUUGGGAACGCAAUAAAGGCUCUCAGCCUCAGUGCGACACAGCAGCUGUUUUCGGCUUCCCUUUCAAAGACACUAAAGUGAUAAUGGAGGAGUUUGGAAAAUGCCAAUUUUUCGGGUUUGGGGACUCUAGAGAUUUGACAGAGUUGAAAGCAUACUUGGGAGACAAAAAAAAUCGUAUUCUAGCCGUUUUUUUGGAAACCCCAUCGAAUCCGAUGUUGAAUGUUCCAGAUCUGAAAGAACUAAGACGUCUGGCUGAUGAAAAUGGCUUCUCUAUUAUUGUAGACGACACCAUUGGGGGCUUGAACACAUAUGUUCUACCUUAUGCUGAUAUCGUGUGCACCUCACUAACCAAACUGUUCAGUGGUUCGAGUAAUGUAAUGGGGGGCUCAAUACUGCUAAACCCACAGUCUCAGCUGUAUACUUUUGCUCGUGAUUAUUUCAAAAGCAGCGAGUUUGAAGAACUUCUUUGGCUCCAAGACGCAAUUGUGCUUGAAAAUAACUCAAGAGAUUUUGCAGAGAGGACAGUGGGAACGAACGAAAACACGAAGGAACUAAUAGAAAAGGUGCUCUUACCACAAGAGGGAAAGUUGUUUAAAAAAAUUUACUAUCCAUCGCUAAGUUCCGACGAGACUCUGAGAAACUAUGAUGCUAUACGCAGCCCCGAGGGUGGUUAUGGAAGCAUGUUGUCUCUAACCUUCAACAACGAAAAGGAUGCCCGGAUGUUCUACAAUAAGUUGAAAAUUUUCAAAGGGCCCUCCAAUGGCACAAACUUUACCCUGGCAUGUCCCUAUGUUCAUUUGGCACAUCACAAUGAACUUGAAGGAGUGUCAAAAUUUGGAGCCGAUCCUAAUUUGGUGAGAGUAAGUGUUGGACUUGAGGAUGUUAAGUGGCUGAAAGAAACCUUCGCUGACGCGAUUGCAGUGACGAAAGGAUCGAGCGUUUGA